AUGUUGCGCAGAUUUAGUGAGAUAAUGGCAAAUAUAUUGUUAUUUAACCCAGAAAAAGAAACCUUACUGAAAUACCCCCUCAAACGGUUUGGCGACGAUUGGCGAGGACAAAUGUGCACUUCGGAGUGUUGGCCAAGGAGCAAAUUGUUUUGGAUUGAAAGAGAGGGUGCGAAGCCGCGCCAUCUCCAAACGUGCUUGAAGUCGGGGGCAAAAAGCAAGCAACGGCGACUUGUAUCGACCAGUGUUGACCGCAUACUCAGAAUCACCAAGGGAGAAAAAGAAGCCAAAGAAAGGCAGAAGCACCCAAACUGUAGUUAUGAAGUACAUAAACCACAAGUACUUCUUGUGGUCUUGUGGACAAAGGAGAUCAAGUGUGGCAAGACAGCUGGGACAAAUGUUCUUGUGGUGAAAGGAAGGCUUUGGGUGUUGGGUGUUGAAAUCAGGGAUAUGUUGUUUCUUUUAGGAGUAGUUAAUGUGUUAUAA